CUAAAUAUUUAUAACCCUCAGAAUCGCAUUCGUCUUCAUCUUUCUUCACUGCUUUUCAUAUUCUCACACAAGUAUCGUUUCUUCACUGCUUUUUGUCUUUUAGGCUGAUUUGUACGAGAGAUUUUUUCUUUUUUGAUGGGUGUGGUUGAUACUGAAUCGAUGGAACCAUUUGGGGUUGAAACUGGUUUAGCUGAAAAUGUUAAGGAAGUUGUUAAGAGUAGUGUUUUUGAGACCGAGGUUUUGAUUUUGAAGGAGAAUGAUUCUCAGGUUGUGGCUGAUUCUGAGGUGAAUAAUGGGGUGUCUUCUUUGUUGAAAGCGGGAGAAAACGAUGGAAGCGUCGUUUGUGAGAAAAUCAAUUGUGAGGGGAAAGUCAAAGAAGGUGAUGAAAAAAUUCAGACUGUGGAGAUAAGCGAGAAUACUGAUAUUGAAGUGAACGGGAAGGAGAACGAGGAGGGGAAAAAAGAUGAAAAAAUUGCGACUGUUGAGGUUCCAAUUGUGGAAACAAGCGAGAACAUUGAUGUUGAAAUGAAUGAGGAGAGUGAAGAGGUGAAAAAAGAUCAAAAUUGUGAUGGGAAGAUUGAGUCUGUUGAUGUACCAGCAGUGGAGGCAAGUGAGAGCAUCGAUGUUGAAAUGUUUGAGAAGGAGAGCGCGGAAGGAAACAAGGAUGAAAAUUCUGAUGGGAAGAUUGAGACUAUUGAGGAUCCAAUAGUGGAGGCUAGUGAGAGCAUGGAUGUUGAAGUUGAGGAUUUGAUCGAUGAAAGGUGUGACUUUUCUGUUGGUGAUUUUGUUUGGGGAAAGAUUAAGAGUCAUCUGUGGUGGCCAGGUCGGGUUUAUGAUCCGUCUGAUGCGCCGGAACUUGCUUUAAAGCUGAAACAAAAGAAUAGACUCUUGGUAGCUUACUUUGAUGGAACAUUUGCUUGGUGCCAUCCGUCACAAUUGAAGCCUUUUAAGGAUAAUUUUGAUAAUAUGGUGAGACAAGGUAGUUCCAAACCUUUUACCUAUGUUGUUCAAGAAGCUGUAAAUGAGGUUGGAAGGGUUCUGGUUACAAAGUUGAGUCGUUCGUUUGCUGUGGUGGGGGAGACUAAGUCUGAAUUCGCUCCAAUGUUGGCUAAAAAUUCAGGAAUCAAGGAAGGUGUUUUUGUGCCUGAUAGUGGCAUAGAGAACAUUUUGGCGGUUACACUUGAACCGGCUGAGUUACUUUCUCAAGUGAAACAAAUUGCUGAAGUUAUUGAUAUUGCUAGUGUUCUGGAGCUGGAAAUAUUGAAGGCUCGGCUUUCAGCUUUUUAUCUCUCAAAAGGAGGAUAUAAGUUACCUUGUUAUGAGCAUCCCAAACGGGUUCUCGGACUUGAAGAUAUAGAUGAUUUCAACGAUGCAGUUGAAGCACCUUCCCAAGGGCCGUUUGAAGAGGACUACUCUACACUGCCAUUGACCCCGAAAUCAAGUUCAGGAAGUAGACCGAACGGUAGAAGAAAGCAGAAAAGCAUCGCUGACAUUAUGGGGGAGCAUAAAGAUGUUGAUGCAAGAGAUAAGGAAUGGGAUGCAAGUGAUGAUGAAGUUCUGGUUGCAAUUAAGUCAAGGGGUAGGAAAAAGAAAAAAGACAACGACGAUGCAGGGACAUCUGAACCAGUUCAGAAGAGAAAAGAGUUGCUUGUAGGUACUGAUACACAGACUGUAAGAGGUGGAAAAGAAAGCUGUGAGGACAAGGAAAACAGUUACGGGGGCAAAUCGCAGCAUUCAGAUGAGGAAAAAGAAGCUUUUGGCAAUGAAAACAUCAGCGGUAGGAGUAUGGAGGAAAACGAUGAAGGGAAACCAAAAGAACCAAAUGAAAAGGGCUUUUUGUCAAGAGAAAGGAAGAAAAGCAAGUAUCUGUCGCCUCCUUUCACUACUUCAAUCAGAGACUUUGUGAAGGGAAGAGGUUCUGGCUCGCUUUCUCCUCGAGUUUCAAAGUAUAACAUUGAGGUAUUUCAAGAGUUGGAACUUUUGGUUAGCUUGAAUCACCAAACACCAGAUGAUGAGAAAGAGACCCUUGACGAUUUGAUCGAUGAAAGGCGUGAGAUUUCUGUUGGCGAAUUUGUUUGGGGAAAGAUUAAGAGUCGUCUGUGGUGGCCAGGUUGGGUUUAUGAUCCGUCUGAUGCAUCGGAACUUGCUUUAAAGCUGAAACAAGAAUAGGCUCUUGGUAGCUUACUUUGAUGGAACAUUUGCUUGGUGCCAUCCGUCACAAUUGAAGCCUUUAAGGAUAAUUUUGAUGAUAUGGUGGGACAAGGUAGUUCCAAAACUCUUACCUAUGCUGUUCAAGAAGCUGUAAAUGAGGUUGGAAGGGUUCUGGUUACGAAGUUGUGUCGUUCGUUUGCUGUGGUGGGGGAGACUAAGUCUGAAUUCGCUCCAAUGUUGGCGAAAAAUUUGUUAGAUUGAUGGAAUAAAACACAACCGUAUACAUUUUAUUGUAUUUCAUUACUUAUCCUCAUUUUACUUACCCUUUAAUUUGGAUGGAACGAGAAUUAAUCCCAAUUAACUAGUUUGUUUAAUUAAUAAAUUACAAAUGCAUCCUUGUAUUAGGCCUCAA